AUGUCCCAGUGGCGCCUGUGCGACCCCAGGCUGGAUGCCCAUGCCGCCGUGGUGGGGCCGUGCGUGCAGUUCUCAUCGACGCGCCGGCCAUGCCAUUCGCGGCUCAGGCCGCAAUGCUGCAUCCCUUCCACGAGCGCCGAGGCCCCGGCGGUGGUCACGGAACGCGCGAGCGGCGAGCGGCGCCUCGGGCGUGGGGGAGGGAUGCGGCGGAAGGGUGCGAUCGAUGGGGCCCCAGCGGUUGAUGGGUCGGUGGCGGAGGAGGGGGGGCAAGGGGGGGGCCCGGCGUCGCCCGGGUCGCUGGGGUAUUUUGAAGGCGCGCCGUCGGACGCGCUGAUGGGGAUGUUCAGCAGCCUGAUGGUGGAGGACCGGCUGGACGCGGCGUUGGAGGUUUUGCGCAGGCUGGUGCAGGCCAACCGGCUGGACGUGCUGGGCAGGGUGAGGCACAAGGACUUCCUGCGGCGCGCCGCUGACCGGAAGGCAGUGAAGCUGGCUUUCAGGUUCCUGCAGGUGCUGCCCAGGGAGUUUGUGGACGCGCGGACGUACAAUAUGUUGGUCACCGUGUGUGUCAGAGCUUCGAACUUGGCGGCUGCGCUCAAGGCUGCGGACAUGAUGAAGAGCACGGGCUUGAAGCUGGACGUGUACUUGUACACCAAUCUCAUCAAAGCCUGCUCUGUCGCCGGAGACGUCAACACUGCUUUCGACUUGUAUGCGGAAUUGAAGUCCGCAGGCAUCAGGCCAGAUUGCCAGGUACACAGUGUCCUCACAAGCACAUGCGCCCAGGCCAUGAAGAAUCCCCAGCUUGAGCGGAGGGAGCAGCUGGUUUUACUUGAGCGCGCCGUCCACCUUUUGGAAGACAUGAAGAACAGCAACUUGAAACCUGACACUGCAAACUGGAACACUCUGAUGGGCUGUGCUGCUCAGGCUGGGCAGCUGCCGCGCGCCUUUGAGAUGCUGCAGUCAAUGGAAGAGAGCGGAUGCAUACCGGAUGCAUUCACAUAUUCUGUCCUCAUCGAUGCCUGCAGCAAGGCGAAUGACAAGGAUGCAGCCCUGAAAGUGUACAAACGGGCUCUCAAGGAGGGUGUGGAGCCAACUGUCGUGCUGUUCACGUCUGCUGUACAAGCAUGCACAUUGGAAGGUGAUGUCAACCUGGAAACGGUUUUGGGGAUAUAUAGUGACCUUGGGCAGCAUGGCGUCAAGCCAGAUAGCCACUUCUAUGCUGCGCUCAUUAGGGCGGCUGGCAUGGCCCGCAACUUGGACUUGGCAUUUUCCCUGCGUGAGGACAUGAAGACAGAUCACAUUGAGGCUUCCACGCCCAUAUGCUCGGCGCUCAUUGGGGCUGCUCUAUUCAACAGCAAGUUGGGCCUUGCUGACAGUGUGUAUCAGGACUUCGCCUCUCGGAAGAUUUUCCCUUGCAAAAGGCAGUUCAACGUCCUGCUCACGGCACACGCGCGUCGGUCUGGACUGCGCAAGGUGAUCGAGGUGAUGAAGGACUUUGUUGCUGUGCCUCUGGAGCCAGAUGUGUACACAUACACUGCGAUUCUUUCAGCCUGCCAGAGGGUGGACGAGGCCGAGCUGGCUUAUGAGAUUGCCCAGGACAUGAAGAGGCACGGGAUCCCGUGGGACGAGGGCAUCUGCUUCACGAUGCUGCGCAUAUGCUACAAUCGCCUGUGGGCAAUCAGGCACCAAGGGACCAACAGCAGCCAUGUGCACCUUCACCCCCCAUCACCUGAGGCAUGGAAGCUUUUGGAGACACUUGGCAUACAGAGCCCCGAGGUGCCGAAGUCGCAGGUGUCCUCAGACUCCUGCUGGGUGGACCGGGCGGUGUCCAUCUACAAGGACACACUGUCAAGCAGCUACACCCCGACCAUCAAGGUUCUGGACAGGCUGUUUGCAUGUCUCAGGAUUCCAAGGAGCAGGCUGCCAGAGGAUGCCCUCACGCCAUUCAGAAUGACUGCCCACAAUUUGCGCGAGGUGCAGCAGUUGCAUCUCCGACAGACAUCCAACGAUGGCAACGCCUUGAGCGGUGCCAGCGAAUCCAACAUCUUUGAUCCCAGAGCCAUCCGCAUCGCAAAGGAAGCCAUCUCCAAACGUGCUCUGCCACAGUUUUACCUGGACCGUGUGUGCGAGCUGGACCUACGUGGCAUGCCCCCUGCUGUGGCAGAGGUCUACGUUCUCACACUGUUCGAGUCCUUGAAGGAUUGCUACGGCGCAGCUCCACAGCCCCACGAGCACCCAAUAUCAUUCCACUUGCCCCCAUAUGACAUGAAGGACGUUUUCAGCAGCAGCUACCGCAAAGUGGAGUGUCCUGAUGAGGCAGGGGCGGACAUUGAGGACAUGCCAGAAGCAGAAGAAUUAGACAAUGAUGUAAGUAUCGGGGGCCCUGGUGUUGAAUGCACAGCAAGAAGCUCCACUUCGCUCAUCGUGGUCGCCACCCUGCAGCGCCUGGGCAUUUGGUACCACUCCGAUGCAGACAAAGGCCGGGUGUGGGUGGACCCCAAGGAUCUGACCCGCUGGGCCCAGGCCCACCACCGAGCCGCCUGGACGUCCAGCACGCCCUCGUUCAUGGGCGAUCGUGGCCCCAUGGGAAUGUCCAUUGCCAGCCAAAGGCGCAGCAUUCGGCUGGGAACGAUUGGGCAGUAG